AUGGCUCUUUGGCUAUGGAGGAAGCGAUCAACUCUGGCUUUCCUUGUUUUGCUCAUCUUGGUGAUCGCUUUCAUCUAUCGAUAUUGGACGACCGUCAUCCACGCUGGCACGACUGAUUUAACUCUAUCCCAAAAAAUGAAAUUGCAAGAGCGUAGAAUUGGUCUACAAGGAGAGCGAGCUGGAAUGUGGACUCGUCACAUUUGGUUUAAUAUCUGUGGUAAUUUGCUUUACUCACUAAAAAAACAUCUCAACUUUCCUCUUCAACCGGAUCAAGAAAUGGUUAUUCGUUCUUUAUCGAUAACUACGAGUAAAAAGUUUACUAACUUUGGAGAGCGAAUUUUUGGCUAUAUACAUCCCUAUACUACUGGACAUUAUCAAUUUGUUCUAUCAGCUUAUGAUACAUCAGAAUUAUGGAUCAGUUCCAAUGACGACCCUUACAAUGUUGUACUUCAUAGUUUUAUCAGACAAUGGAAGGGUCCUGAAAUGUAUGAAUUUAAAGAUAUACCAGCGAAUUCGUUAUCACUCUAUGAUGGUACUGGAAAUAAGGGUAGAAAUAUUGCUUGGAAAAGAAAUGAUAUUCCAGUUGAUCUUCCAAGCACAUUCCUAUCUGAUCACGAUGGCUUAGUAUUGAGUAAAGAAAAAGUUAAUGACCGCGAAAGCAUGUACAAAUCAUGGGUUGUGCAUUUGGUUGUGUCAGUACCCCUAUUAGAAGAAAAACAAACGCAGGAUAUAUUACCAACAUGCCAGUAUUCACCAACUUAUAUAAUCAGAAAGAAAAUUAGGCGAUAUUCAUGUUAUCACUAUAUAGUUCCGACGCAGGUCUUCCCAAGAGAUAACACUUGGAUAGCUGACUUCCGCAGAACCAGUGCUGGAAAUAAGGAGAUCCAGUUAUUUGAGGUUGAGCUUAACCGUUCGAAAGAUAUCGAAAAAUAUGGAUCACGGACGGUUAGGAUAUCGCAAUAUGUAUAUAGAUAUUUAAGAAAUCAAUCUAGGUUAUGCCUUCCAGAGGGAAUACACUGGAACCGCCAUGCUGACGUGUAUGCUAUUGUUUGCGUAUACAACCAAGGUAUAUGGGUAAAACAUUUCAUCAAACAAAUGGCACAGUUUCAAAAACAAGCCAAAGGAUAUACCCUUCAUGUUAUUAUCGUUGAUCAUCAUAGCACUGAUGCAAACAUGACAGAGCUGAUGCUUGAUAGUGAAUUGAAAAGCUAUACCUUAAUACAAAGACAGGGAAUUUUUUGGAAAACUGCAGCUAUUCAAGCUGCUAUAGAAACUAUAAAGGAUCCCCAUAGUAUUGUGCUAAUGUUAGACUUGCAUCUUUACUUUCCAUCUGAUUUUAUUGAUAUAAUACGCAAGCACACCGUAGAAGGAAAAUUAGCGGCUGCACCGAUAUUGAUUAGGCUUCAUUGCGGCUAUUCCAGAAAAGAAUUAAAUGGUUUCUGGGAAACGGAAGGUUUGGGUAUUUUGGGUAUUUUUAAAUCUGAUUUGGAUCGUAUUGGUGGAAUGAAUACAAGAGACUAUAAAAGCAAGUGGGGAGGAGAAGAUGUUGAAUUAGUCGAUAGGGCAGUCGGCUUCGGAUUGGAAAUAUAUAGAAUUAAGGUUCCAAGAUUUUAUCAUCAGUAUCAUUCGAGGAAAGGAAUGUGGGAUAAAAAUUCCUUACCCACCGUAUUGUAA